CUUUAUUUUAUUUUUUCCGACGUAUGGCGCGUGGUUGUUUAAACCAACAGUUAUCCGACUGGGGCUCUGACUUAAUAAAUAAUUAAAGUGGACGGAGGGGAGCUGCAGCUGAUUUGCUGAUGUCAGGGGGAGCCAGUGCAGCAUUUUCAUGGUGCAGGGUGUAAACGCGAGGUGCCAUCUGUCUCGAUCUGUGCUCUCAGCAAACCUCACACAUGCAAGCCCGGCAGGAAAGAUGCCGCCAACUCUCAAGAUUUGGGCACUGUUUUCUGUGUCGCUCUGCUUCCUGUCUCAACCGGGUCAUUUGAAGAAGGUUUUCCGAUGUCCUUCAACAUGCAGCUGCUCCAGGGAGUCCAUCAUCUGCGUCGGGUCCUCCUACGUACCAAGGAUUAGCCCCAACGACGUCAGUUCUUUGAGUCUCGUCAAUGGGACUUUCUCCGAGGUCAAAGAGGCCAUGUUUGCUCACAUGCCAUCCCUCCAGCUCCUGCUUUUGAAUUCCAAUUCUCUGACAACUGUAAGGGACGAUGCAUUCUCAGGCCUUCCACAUCUGGAGUAUCUGUUCAUUGAGAGUAAUAAGAUAGAGACUGCAGCCAAAUAUGCCUUCAGAGGACUCAGGGACUUGACUCACUUGUCUUUGGCAAACAACAACAUCAAAGCCUUGCCCAGGGACCUCUUCAUUGGCUUGGACUCACUGAUAGAGCUGGACCUGCGAGGCAAUGCCUUUGAGUGUGACUGCCGUGCCAAGUGGCUGAUGACGUGGCUGAAGAACACCAAUGCCACAGUGUCGGAUGUCGUGUGUGUUGGGCCCGAGGACAUGAAGGACAAGCGCCUCAACGAUAUGACCAGCCUGCACAAUGAAUGCAUCUCAACGGAUUUCGUCCUCCAUCAGUCUGUGGCAUCUGAGUCUCUGUCUGUCGACACAUUCAGCUAUAAGAAUGACGUCUAUGUGACUAUUGCUGCUCCCAGCGCUGAGAGCUGUAUGGUUUUCCAAUGGGACCACAUAGAAAUGAACUUCAGGACUUACGAUAACAUCACAGGUCAGUCCAUUGUGGGUUGCAAGUCAGUUGUCAUCCAGGACCAGGUGUUUGUCAUUGUGGCUCAGCUCUUUGGCGGUUCCCACAUCUACAAGUUUGAUGAGGACCAAAGCAGGUUCAGCAAGUUCCAGGACAUUGAGGUGUCCAAGGUCUCCAAGCCCAAUGACAUUGAGGCCUUCCAGAUUGCCUCUGACUGGUUCUUUUUGAUUGCGGACAGCUCAAAAGCGGGCCUGUCAACGCUCUACAAGUGGAAUGAUAAGGGCUUUUAUUCAUACCAGUCCCUGCACGAGUGGUACCGCGACACCGAUGCAGAGUUUUUGGACUUGGAUGGGAAGGCCCACCUUAUUUUGGCAAGCCGCUCACAGGUGCCUGUGAUCUACCAGUGGAGCCGGAGCAACCAGAAGUUUGUCCUGCAGGGCGAGAUCCCCAACAUGGAGGAUGUUGUGGCUGUAAAGCACUUCCGUAUCAAGGAGGAACUCUACCUGGCCAUGACGCGCUAUAUUGGUGACUCCAAAAUUCUGCGUUGGGGUGCCAAACAGUUUGCGGAGAUCCAGGCCUUGCCCUCGCGAGGCUCCAUGAUUCUCCAGCCGUUCUCAUUCAAAGACCGUUACUACCUGGCCCUGGGGAGUGAUUACACCUUCUCACAGAUCUACCUGUGGGAUGAUGAGGUCAAACUCUUUGACCGCUUCAAGGAGGUGUACAUCCAGGCGCCGCGCUCCUUUACUGUGGUCGCCACUGACCGGAGGGACUUCAUCUUCACCUCUAGCUUCAAGGGAAACACACAGAUCUUUGAGCACAUCAUCAUUGACUUGAGCUUGUGAGGGGUUGUGCUUUAUUGCCCCUCCUGCAAUCGAACGUCUUCCACUAAAAAUUUGUGAAAGGAAAAGAAAGGACCAGAACAGACUUAAUGUACUGUCAAAUAUCAAUUCUUCCAUAUGUCGCUGUAACAAAUAAGAGCUGGGUCAAGUGGUGUUUGGAAUCCUUUUUGCUUUUUAAAGUUUCCUGACUAUUUCUCAAUGGCCUUGUUCUAAUAUCUGUUCUCAUGGUCUCUCAGACUCUCAGAUACCAUUUCACAAAGACUAAGAGGAGGCUGGUAUUCUCCUAAAAACCCAGCUAACAUUCCUGAGGGUGUAUUUGAAAUAUAAUUUGAUCUAUUUGGAUGUAUCUUUCAGUUUAGUAUCCCCUGUGCUAAAGGUUUUAUACCCCCCAAAAAUAUACACCAGUACCCGACAGAAAAAUUGUUUUACUAAUAUUCUUUUAUUCUCAUUUGGGGCAUGUAAAAAAUGCGGUUGCUCAUCUUUGUGCAACUUACCUCAUGUCCUCAUACUGUGUGGUAAUGUGCAGUUUGUUGCCUUAUCAGCAUUGGGGUGCUGUGUUCUGACGGGCCCACAGUGCCUCCAUCUGGCCGUGAUAAAGUAUCACACCCCUUUGCUUUUUCCAUACAGGGAAUGUUUCGAAAGCACAAACCUUUAAUUACCAUAGCCGAUACCCCAGCCCUUAGAGUGAAGUUAAAUUAUUACUGUAUGUGCUGUAGAUUAUAUUGCUUACAGUAAAAAAAAAAAAAAGAAGUGGUUUGUUGUUUUAGGAGGUGAAAUAUUCAGGAAAUUAUAUAGCUGAAGCCUUUUUUGGACAAACAGGAGAAUGGAAUAACCUUUUAGUCCAGAGGAAUGAUAGGUGGAAAAGCUAAUAGAAGCCCUUUUCAUCCAUUUAAUGUUGAUAUCAGUGGACAGUAAACCUACUGA